AUGGGCGAGGAACCAGAGGAAGAAAUAUUGCAGGAGAAUUCUAGUCGAACAUUCAAGGGGAAGUCGGAAGUUAGCAUAGUAACAAACUCUAGUACGGAUUUCUCUGGAUCUGCACCAAAGAGCUUCGGAGGUGAGAGCAGUAGUGAUCCCUACCAGGGUAAUGCCUUUUUAUUCAUCAGAGUUAACAGUAUCACUACUCUAGCUCAAAAAUUGAAUAAACUCGAAGAGGAAAUCCAAGGCUAUUCGUCCAAUUUUAAUGGUAAAUUCAUCACGUUGGAACAAAGAAUACUCAAAAUGGAAGAGAUUCUGGAGUCGAAUAAACGUCUAGAACAAAGGAUCCUAAAAAUAGAGAAACUGAUUGAAACAAACAAAUCAGUAGAGAAAGAAGUUAAUGAAAUUGAGAAAUAUGUUGAGUCUAAUCACCAUGCACAUUUUGAUAGUGAAGCACUCUACAUGGAGGUUCAAGAUAGAGCGCACAGAUCUAAAAACAUAAUUAUAUACGAUGUGCAGGAAUCCCAAUCCGAAGAGUACUCUGUGAGAAUUUCAUUUGAUAAACAACAGUGUCAAAAAGUAUUAGAUUCAUUGAACGUACAGACUGAAGAAUUCAAGGUUAUUCGUCUAGGUCGCCCUAGCAAUAAACCUCGUCCACUAAAAGUAUUUUUCUUAUAUAACAAUAUUGCUCUUGCCUGCCUGAAAAAUAAAAGGAAAUUGUUGUCCCAACAAUCUCCAAUUCGUUUGAGCGCAGAUCUGACUCCAGCUCAACGUGAAUAUGUUGAAAAAUUGUAUCAAGAACUUGAAUAA